AUGUCUGCUGUCAUCGCUGCUCACCGUCUGCUUAGUCACUGCUCACAGUCUGCUGUCAUCGCUGCUCGCGCGUCUGCUCUAGUCACUGCUCACACGUCUGCUGUCAUCGCUGCUCGCCCGUCUGCUCUAGUCACUGCUCGCAUGUCUGCUGUCAUCGCUGCUCACCCGUCUGCUCUAGUCACUGCUCACACGUCUGCUGUCAUCGCUGCUCACCCGUCUGCUCUAGUCACUGCUCACACGUCUGCUGUCAUCGCUGCUCACACGUCUGCUCUAGUCACUGCUCACAUGUCUGCUCUAGUCACUGCUCACACGUCUGCUGUCAUCGCUGCUCACACGUCUGCUCUAGUCACUGCUCACACGUCUGCUCUAGUCACUGCUCACACGUCUGCUCUAGUCACUGCUCACACGUCUGCUCUAGUCACUGCUCACACGUCUGCUCUAGUCACUGCUCACACGUCUGCUCUAGUCACUGCUCACACGUCUGCUCUAGUCACUGCUCACACGUCUGCUCUAGUCACUGCUCACACGUCUGCUCUAGUCACUGCUCACACGUCUGCUCUAGUCACUGCUCACACGUCUGCUCUAGUCACUGCUCACACGUCUGCUCUAGUCACUGCUCACACGUCUGCUCUAGUCACUGCUCGCCCGUCUGCUCUAGUCACUGCUCACACGUCUGCUCUAGUCACUGCUCACACGUCUGCUCUAGUCACUGCUCACACGUCUGCUCUAGUCACUGCUCACACGUCUGCUCUAGUCACUGCUCACACGUCUGCUCUAGUCACUGCUCACACGUCUGCUCUAGUCACUGCUCGCCCGUCUGCUCUAGUCACUGCUCACACGUCUGCUGUCAUCGCUGCUCGCCCGUCUGCUCUAGUCACUGCUCACACGUCUGCUCUAGUCACUGCUCACACGUCUGCUCUAGUCACUGCUCACAAGUCUGCUCUAGUCACUGCUCACACGUCUGCUCUAGUCACUGCUCACACGUCUGCUCUAGUCACUGCUCACACGUCUGCUCUAGUCACUGCUCGCCCGUCUGCUCUAGUCACUGCUCACAAGUCUGCUCUAGUCACUGCUCACACGUCUGCUCUAGUCACUGCUCACACGUCUGCUCUAGUCACUGCUCACACGUAUGCUCUAGUCACUGCUCACACGUCUGCUCUAGUCACUGCUCACACGUCUGCUCUAGUCACUGCUCGCCCAUCUGCUCUAGUCACUGCUCACACGUCUGCUCUAGUCACUGCUCACACGUCUGCUCUAGUCACUGCUCGCCCGUCUGCUCUAGUCACUGCUCACACGUCUGCUGUCAUCGCUGCUCGCCCGUCUGCUCUAGUCACUGCUCACAUGUCUGCUGUCAUCGCUGCUCGCCCGUCUGCUCUAGUCACUGCUCACAUGUCUGCUCUUGUCGCUGCUCGUAAAAAAAAUAAUAAAAAAUAA